AAAGGUUGGCCUGCUUGGAGGUGCAACCCUUUUGUUUUGGUCAGUUUCCUAAAAACCCAACUCUUACUUUGUGUGUUGAUUGCAAACAUGCUUCCAUUAUUUCACAUAAAGAUUCUGAGAUAACUCCUUGAGAAGGAGAGAUGGGUGAAGGAUUCAAGAAUUGGUUUGCCAAAACUGCAUCAUCGUUUAAGGUUGUUCUGUUUGCAGCGCUUUUGAUUCUGGUGUCAGGUUCUGCUUCCCUUUUUGUUCAAAGACGCUCCUACUGGGCUUUAAUUUAUGCUGUCCCUACUUCAUCUUCUUCAAACACUAAUUUAGAUGCAGUACAGAGGCCAAGUUUACAUGCAAAAGAAAGUGAUAGUCCAGUAGAUUUGCAUUCAGAGGUGGUAGUGUCCGUGGAUGAUCACCGCAGGAAAGAAGAUUUGUCAAAUGAGGCUGCCCUCAGCAAGUCUGUUUCACCAACAAUUGAUGCUCAGUCCUUGCAAGUUCAGCAGUUUAACGGCAGCAAUGAAGACAACCCAAACAUGUCAAUAAGCGAAGACUUCAGCUCCACCACACCCUUCAAAGAAAAUGAAUCGAUUGAUCCUCCUUUGAAGCACAGAAGACGAAGAGUCUACACUAACUUGGAUAGGCUGGAAGAUGGUCUACGGAAAGCUCGAGCUGCCAUUAAAGAAGCUCUGAAAGGGAGUCAAUUACAGGAUCCUGAUUACAUCCCCGAUGGCCCCAUAUACAGGAAUGCCAAAUUCUUUCACAGGAGCUACCUGGAAAUGGAAAAAAAGUUCAAGAUAUAUGUUUACAAAGAAGGGGAGCUUCCACUAUUUCAUGACGGUCCUUGUAGGCUGUUGUACACUAUGGAAGGACAGUUUAUCAAUAAGAUGGAGGUUAAUAAAAAGUUCCGAACCUACAAUCCUGAGAAAGCCCAUGUAUUUUACCUUCCUUACAGCGUUACAAGGUUGGUCCAAUAUAAUUGGGUGCGGGGUACGCCUAUCAAACGCUUAGGGGGGAUCGUCUUAGACUAUGUAAACGUUAUUGCAGGGAAAUAUCCCUUCUGGAAUCGAAGCCUUGGCACUGACCAUUUCAUGCUUUCUUGCCAUGACUGGGGGCCUGCAACUAGUUUUUCCGUUCCUGAUCUAGUGAAAAACUCCGUCCGUGCUCUGUGCAAUGCAAACACCUCCGAAAGGUUCAACCCCAUGAAGGACGUAUCCAUUCCAGAAAUUAGUCUCAAAAGCAGUAGGCUAGAGGGCUUGAUUGGCGGGCCGUCUCCUUCACAGCGUACAAUCCUGGCAUUUUUUGCAGGGGGGAAUCACGGUUUUGUAAGACCAAUACUCUUUAGGCAUUGGGAGAAAAAGGAUCCGGAUAUUAGAGUUCACAAUUACCUUCCAAAAGGAGUUCCUUACUAUGAUCUAAUGAGGCAGAGUAAGUAUUGCCUUUGCCCCAGUGGUUAUGAAGUUGCGAGCCCGAGAGUUGUUGAGGCCUUGUACAAUGGCUGUGUUCCAGUGCUGAUUUCGAAAAGUUACGUGCCGCCAUUUAGCGAUGUUUUGAAUUGGAAGAUGUUCUCUGUGAUAGUUUCCCUGGAAGAUAUUCCAAAUCUGAAGAAAAUAUUGAUGAGAAUACCAGAAAGGCAGUAUAUAAGAAUGCAGAGGAGAGUGGUCCAAGUGAGAAGGCAUUUCGAGUUGCAUGUGACUCCCAAGAGGUUCGAUGUGUUUCAUAUGAUCCUUCACUCUAUUUGGCUUAGAAGAUUGAAUGUCAAAGUCAGUAAUGAACCUGGAAAUAUUUUGGAUUGAUGAAUCAAUAGACUACUCCAUCUUUGUUAAAAACAAAUAAGUUUCCACCCAGCCGGUGCGUAACGGAAUACAUAAUUUAAAGAAAAUUGUUUUGCAAUUUGAUGAUGCAGUUACGUAAACUUGUAAUUGCAAAUAAAUCCUUUUUUUUUGUGAUAAAUGGUAUUUUUAUUAAUCCAGUGAUAGCAGGGAAAGCUCAGCUACAUCACAACUAUUCAGCUAUUUUGUACAUUAGAAAUGAAACAAUUAA